GGUGAAAUGUGGAAGCAGAGAAUUAAGGAGAACGCGAUACCUGUCACAGAGAGAGUGUACUGUCCUUACGUGAGGUGUUCUGCUUUGAUGUCCAAAACCAAGAUAUCUGAAUCGGCCAAGAGCUUACAGUCUGCUUACCCUGCAUCUGGAGUCAGGAGAUGUGUGGAAUGUCGUGGCCUCUUCUGUGUGGACUGUAAAGUCCCGUGGCAUGGAAAGCUGUCAUGCACCGAGUACAAGAAACUGCAUCCUAAUCCUCCAGCUGAUGAUGUGAAGCUAAAAUCUCUGGCAAAUAAUAAAAUGUGGCGCCAAUGUGGCAAGUGCCAACACAUGAUCGAGCUUACUCAAGGACGCAAUCACAUAACUUGCAGGUAUCUCUCUUUAACACUUUGAUUAUCUUAUAAUCAUAUUUAUAAAAUGGUCAAGUCGAAUAGUAUACUUUUCUGUGAUGAGGAAAGGUUUGUAUACUCUGUUGUUAUAGCUUUCUGAUUCAUUGUAUGUAUUGUUAAUCUCAAGAAUCUUACUUAAUGGUAAUCACAUAACUCAACAAUCACUACAAAAAAAGUUGCUAUUCAUAGCACAUUGUUAUAACACGUUUCACUGAACUGCUGUCGUUGAUGAGUGAAUUUUUUUUCUAGUAUAGGUUAGCAUUAUAUAAAUGCUAUGAUAGAGUUUUGCUUAGCGGGAAGCUAAAAUUAGCUUUUCCACGAAACACUUAGUAAAAAUUAGCUAAUAUUUUCUGUUUUCCCUCUCUCUAAUCGGGGUUCCCUCUCUUCUCUCUCAUUUUCCCCCUUUCUCGACAAAACUCUAAGAGAAAUCAAUCUGGAUUCUCCAUCUCCUUCUCUAUCGUUCUCUCUCUAUUUCCAUCUCUGUCUCGAUUCUCCAUCUCCGGUUCUCCAUCUCCGCCUCGAUUCUCCAUCUCUGAUUCUCCAUCUCCUCCUCGAUUCUCCAUCUCCCCCUCGAUUCUCCAUCACUCUCCUUUAUCGCCGCUUCUCCCAGCUCCGAUUCAACUCCUGUUCUACAUCUCUUAGGUAUAGGAAGUCACAAUUUCGAUAUCUCUGUCAGUGUUAAGCUGAAAUCGAAGUUUUAUUUUUUUUUGCUUUAAUUUCUUGGUUGCUUUGAUAUGUUGGUUGCUUUAAUUUCCUGUUUUAUUCCAGUUAUCUUUUUAUUUGGUUGGUAUCGUUUCAUGCUCUGAAUAUUUUUGCUAUAUCAUUACAUCCUCUGACUCUUAUGUGUUAUGUUAUAAGUUCGUUUUGUUACAAAAGGUUUCAACUUAGGUUCGAACACAGCAUUAUGGACAAAGCUUGGGUACAUCUAAACAGAGUUGAUCCUGGAUAUGAGAGAGGGGCUUCAAAGUUUGUCCGGGAUGUGGCUUCAGCAAUGGGAGGGGUUGAUGUUAUUGUAUGUCCGUGUAUUGACUGCCGUAACAUAGUUCGACAUUCAGCAAGUGUGGUACUUGAUCAUCUUGUUACUAGGGGUAUGGAGGAGGGUUAUAAGAUGCGGGCUGAUUGGUAUCUACAUGGAGAGUUGAACGCAGAGGUUGCUGAUGAAAGCAAAGGAAGUGAGUGGAACGAUGAGAUCUAUGGGUUGUUCAGAGCUGCUGAGUGUUUUGAUGAAGAGUUAGCUGGUAUGGGGAAUCUAUCUGAUAUGGCAGAGGGAGAGGACAAGAAAGAAGAUGAGUUCUUGGCAAAGCUAGCUGACGCUGAAACACCAUUGUAUCCGAGCUGUUCAAGCCAUAGCAAGUUAUCUGCAAUUGUUUCGUUGUUCAGAUUGAAGACUCAGAAUGGAUGGUCUGACAAGAGCUUCAAUGAUUUGCUAGAGACCUUGCCAGACAUGUUACCUGAAGAAAAUGUCUUGCACACAUCACUCUAUGACGUGAAGAAGUUCUUGAAAUCAUUUGACAUGGGCUACGAGAAGAUCCAUGCUUGUGGCAACGACUGCUGCCUAUUCAGAAAGAGGUUCAAGAAACUCGAUAAGUGUCCUAAAUGCAAGGCUUCAAGGUGGAAGACUAAUGUCCACACGGGUGAGACGAAGAAAGGCGUCCCACAGAAAGUUCUCCGUUACUUCCCUGUAAUACCAAGACUGAAGAGAAUGUUCCGGUCUGAAGAAAUGGCCAAGGAUUUGAGGUGGCACUUUACCAACAAAAGCAGUGAUGGAAAGCUGCGUCAUCCUGUUGAUUCUGUGACAUGGGAUCAUAUGAAUGCCAAAUACCCUACGUUUGCAGAUGAAGCAAGGAACCUGAGGCUGGGACUUUCAACAGAUGGAUUCAAUCCAUUCAACAUGAAGAACUCGAUGUACAGUUGCUGGCCUGUUCUGCUAGUUAACUACAACUUACCUCCAGACCUGUGCAUGAAGAAGGAGAAUAUCAUGCUUUCUUUGCUGAUUCCUGGUCCACAUCAGCCUGGUAAUAGCAUAGACGUGUAUUUAGAACCCCUAAUCGACGAUCUUAACACUCUGUGGAGCAUUGGAGAGGUAACAUACGACGCUCUUACUCGAUCAGCUUUUACACUAAAGGCGAUGCUGCUUUGGACAAUCAGCGAUUUUCCAGCUUAUGGGAAUCUAGCAGGCUGCAAAGUAAAGGGAAAAAUGGGAUGUCCGUUAUGUGGAAAAAAUACAGAGAGCAUGUGGUUGAAGUUCAGCAGAAAGCAUGUGUAUAUGGGUCAUAGAAAGGGUCUGCCACCAACUCACAGUUUUAGAGGAAAGAAGAAAUGGUUUGAUGGAAAAGUAGAACAAGGGAGAAGGGGAAGAAUACUUACUGGGCGUGAUAUUUCUCAAAAUCUGAGAAAUUUUCACAAUGAUUUUGGAAAUUUCAAACGGUCUGGCAGUAAGAGAAAAAUGAUGCAGGGUUCAACUGAUUUAGGGUCUGAUAUUGAGGGUAUGUCGAGUGAAUCAGAUGAAGAGGAAGAAGUACUAGUAGAUGAGGAUGAGUUAUCUAGAUGGAAGAAGAGGUCAAUAUUCUUCAAGCUACCUUAUUGGGAGGAACUCCCGGUGAGGCACAACUUAGAUGUAAUGCAUGUGGAGAGAAAUGUUGCUGCAAGCUUAGUUUCAACGUUGUUGCACUGUGGGAAAUCUAAGGAUGGUCUUGCCGCUCGUAAGGAUCUGGAGGAGCUUGGUAUUAGGCCGGAUUUGCACCCUAGAGUGCAAGGAAAAAGAACCUAUCUCCCUCCAGCACCGUGGUCUUUGUCCAAGCAAGAAAAGAAGAUAUUUUGCAGGCGUCUAUUUGACUUCAAAGGGCCAGAUGGAUAUUGUUCUAACAUAUCAAGAGGUGUCUCGUUGGAUGACUGUAAAGUCUCUGGUCUGAAAUCACAUGACUACCAUGUUUUGAUGCAACAACUUCUGCCGAUUGCACUUAAAGGGUUGCUGCCAAAAGGACCGAGGCUUGCAAUUUUUAGAUUAUGCUCUUUCUUCAAUCUGUUGUGUCAGAGAGUGAUUGACAUGGAGAAGCUUCUGGUUAUGGAAGCUGAGAUUGUUGAGACUCUGUGCUUGUUUGAAAGAUACUUUCCUCCAAGUUUGUUUGAUAUCAUGCUUCAUUUGACUGUCCAUCUAGGAAGAGAAGCUCGGCUUGGUGGACCAGUCCACUUUAGAUGGAUGUACCCGUUUGAAAGGUACAUGAAAGUCCUCAAAGACUUUGUUAGAAAUCCUGCAAGACCAGAGGGCUGCAUAGCUGAGUGCUACCUUGCUGAGGAAUGUAUCCGGUUUUGCAGUGAGUUCCUGAAGAAAACAACAAAUGUUCAAGAGAAACAUGAUAAAAACACAGAGUAUGAGAACAAUUCUAUCUUAGAGGGUCGUCCAAUAACCACUGCUACUUCAGUAACUCUCACUGAAACGGAAAAGAGGAUUGCUCAUCUUGCUAUCAUCCAAAACAUGGCUCUAGUCGAACCUUAUGUAGAGUAAGUAUAAAUUUAUCUUUCAUUACAUAGUUUUUAUUUACAAUCAACAACUUUUUCUAAUUUAUUUCUAUUUUGAUCUGCUACUAGUGAGCAUCUACAAUAUUUACAAGACACAUAUGGAAGGUGUCGGCGAGAUGCAUCAACGUUAUGGAGUAUGCAUACUAAGAAUUUUGCUUCCUGGCUAAAAGAGAAGGUACUGAAUUACAUUAUACAAUUCUCCUCUUAUAGACUGCCUACUUGUUAUUGACUUGUUAUUUAUUUAUCAGGUGCCUUUUGAUUAUGCAGAACAUGACGACACACUUAAGUGGAUAGCUUAUGGUCCACGUUGUUCUGCGAGAUCAUAUACAGGAUUCAUUGUUAAUGGGCAGAGGUUUCACACAGUGUCAGUUGAUAGGAAAAGUCAGAAUAGUGGGGUCUAUUAUGAGGCUACAGCAGUGUGUAGAGCUAGUGCAAAAGAUACAUCACAGGUGGUAGAUUUAGUAUCUUACUACGGCAGGGUGACAUACAUCAUUUUGAUCGACUACAAUGUCUUCUAUGUUCCUCUGUUCCGAUGUCAAUGGGCAGUUAAGGGUAAUGGAGUAAAGAUCGAAGAUGGUUUUACACUUGUGAACAUGAAUCAAAGUCAAGCCUCCUUUGCAAGUGACCCUUACAUUCUAGCAUCUCAAGCGAAGCAAGUGUUUUACUCCAGAGAAGAUGAGUCAUCAAACUGGUAUAUUGUCAUGAAAGGUCCUUCUAGAAGAUACAGUAAGGAAGAUAUUCAAGAGGGAAAUGCAGAUAUUGGGCCAUUACCGUCGAAUGUUGACUUGGAUGUUGACAUUGAUGAUGCUGAGAAUGUCAGAACUGAUUGUGAAGGGAUAUAUGUGUGACGAAGUUGCCUUAUUGACAUUGAUGAUAUCAUUGCUUGUUUUUGUUUUUGAUUGUGGUACUUGCUUGGUCAUUGUCUACUUGUUUGGUUGUUUCUUUUUUUGAGGUUGUAGUGUGAUUGUUUCAGUGUUCUGUUGAGUAUGAAGUUAACUAUGUAUUUCUUAUUAUGUUUCAGAUGAAUUAAGAUGGGACGUGCAAAGCAGACUAAAUGUGGAAGGAGACAAUCAAAGAAGUUAAAAAAGGCAGAUGAUGACGAAGUUGAGUUCGUUUGUACUAUCCAAACACAUGAAGAAGAACAUGAAGAGGAACGUGGGCAGCGACAGGAACAGGAAGAGGAACAUGUGGAGGAACGAGAACCGGAAGAGGAACAUGAGGAGGAGCAACAACAGGAAGAGGAGCGUCAACCAGAGCAACAUAAUGGCGACGAGCCCGAAGGUGAGAUAGAACAUACUCAGGAGGCUGAAGGUGGAACCUCCCGUAAGAGAAAGCGUGGUCCAACAAUGAUGAGAGACCUAGCCAAAGAUCCAAAUACCAGAGUUCAUGUCGAUUUCACUUUUAUGGGAGAAGCUUAUGGUCCUGGUUCAGUCAAGCUAUCUUCAUAUUUGGGUCCGUUGGUAAGGGAGCACGUGCCUGUUACAGUUGAAAAUUGGAAAAAAAUUACUGAAGAAGUGAAGACAGUGCUUUGGAAAUCAGUCCAGGUGACAGUUUCUAAACAAUAACAGCAUGUAUAUUUCUGAACAAACAUCAAGUUAUUGAUUAUUGGUUGGCUAACUACGUGUGCAGGCAAGGUUUAAACUUGAUGAGGACCACCAAAGGGUUGCAGUUCUUAAGCAGAUGGGAGCCUUGUGGAGAUCAUCCAAGUCACGUCUUGUUACCCAAAUCAAUGAAGCUGAAAAUAACCAACAAAGGAUGAAUCUCAGACCUAAGAAUGUUCAUCCAAUUGAGUGGCACAAAUUUGUGAAGCUAAAAACAAGCCAAGAAUUCAAGGUAUACAUUCUUAGAUGGAACUCCCAUCGCUAUUACUAACUAGAUUAAUAAGAUCGUUAUUACGAAAUGAUAGGUUCUGAGUGAUAGCUACAAAGAGAGGAGAAGCAAACAGAUUCCUCACACUUGUAGUAGAAAGGGAAUGGUUAGACUAGCAGAAGAGAUGGUAAGCAUAUUAUCUCAGAUUUUGGUUUCAUUUUUUUAUCUGUAGACAAGGCUGUUGACAUAUAAUUUUGCAACAGAAAAAUAGUUCUGAAGACAAAUCUAAAGUGUCGAGACUUAAAGUCUGGGUGAGGUCACGUACAAGAAAAGAUGGAACUCCCAUCAAUACAAAUGCUGCUGAGAAGAUUCAAAAGGCAGCUGAGAUUGUUAAGGGUGGUAGUCAGAGUGGAAAAAAUCUGGAUGAAGAUACGCUCAUCCAGGUCUUAGGACCUGAUAAUCCUGGUCGUAUGAGAGCAAUGGGGAGGAAUAUUAGUAAGACGAAAUUAGCUUGCUCAAUGUCAACCAGAAGUCAAUUUCUGAAAUGCAACAAACACAAAUUCAUCUCAUGCAAAAGGUUAAUGAGCUACAGUCUGAACUUGCGAAAGUAAAAAACCAGGUUAGUUACAUCUCCAAGAAUACAUAAAGAUAAGUGCUUAUCACAUAAUAAUAAGCUUUGUGUUGGGUUUAUGUUACAGAGAGAUGACAAUGAAGUGGGGGAAAACUCGGCUGCAAGAGUAAGCAAUUUAUAUGAGAUCAAUGGCAUUUUUUUCUACUUUACACUACUCUUAUACUUUAACAACUAACAUUUAACAGAGUGUGAACAAGAUACCACAAAAGAAGUGUCUUCUCAUUGACUGGGCUGAUGAAGAUGGAAACGUUGCUGAGGGUCGUAUCAUUUCUUCUGACCCUGAAGACAUAGUGAAUGACAGUCGAUUAGGUCCUAAUGAUGUUAAAGUCUUGGUUGAUGAAGCUACUGAACCUGAAGCAUUCCUCUGGAGACCUGCGACUAACAUGUGCACAAUUAAGGAAGCUGUUGGUCAUAUUAUUGCAUGGCCGAAGAAAAAAUGCGUGGAACUAGGUCUGGGGCUUGAACAUGAAGACAUUGCACCACUGGGCUCAAGAGCAAAUUCUCUCAACAAAUGCAAACUUCUGGAUUUGUGUGAUGAUAGUGUAGUUGUUGGUGAAGGGCGUUGGCAGACAAAAGAACCACAAGCAUUGGUUAAUGGACUUCCUCUAGGACCUAAAGCAGUUAAAGUAUUCUUGGAUGUUGUACACGAGCAUGAAACAUAUUUAUGGAGGCCUACGAUGGAUCAUUCCUACCUGGAGGACUGCUUACAUUCUUUUAUGUCAUGGCCUGCUAGCAAAGUUGUCUUUGACAAUCCACCAGAAGCAACAAGAGGACAAUCUCCUACGGGUAUGAAAGUUACAUCGGUUGGUUAUAAGUCGCCUACUGAUACAAGUGGUAGAAAAGGUGCAAAAUCAGGAGCAACAAUAUCAAUUCAUACUGAGGAGUCUCCUGCAACUAAUCAGGUAAAUUUUUAACUUAUAUGUUCAAUCAUCUGCUCAGAUUAAUAUCUGUGUUUUGAAUUGUGUGCAUGUCUAUUGUAAAGUGUCAGCUUAAGCAUGGAUCUCAGACAAUGAAACAGAAUCAGAAGUGCAAAUUGAUGGACAUUGGUGAGAGGAAACAAGUUGUUGCUGAAGGUCGUAUCCAUUCAACAGACCCAACUCAACUGGUCCACUUUGUGCGCUUGGGUCCGAAAGCAGCUAGAGUGUGGGUAGAUGCAGUGCUCGUAGAUGAUGCAGAAGUUUGGAGGAAAUCAGAUGAAAUAGAGAGUUUGAAAGAUGCACACGGUUCAUCAAUUGCAUGGCCAAUUGAUAAAUUGGUCAUAUUUUAAGCUGCUGUAAGUAUUCUGUUUUGUGUGUUUAAACCUGCAUAUGUAAUUGCAUAACUGAUCAGAGUUUUCAUUGUUGCAGCAGCUAAGGGAAUGAAGAACUUAGGUCCAGAUUUAGCUAGUGUUUAAGUUAGGCUAAUGAACUUGAUGUAUGAUAUUAUUGCUUAUGACUUUGGUUUGUGUUUUAGAACUGCAUCAGUAACACUUAUGUGUAAUGACUUAUGUAUGUCAAACUUAUUUUAUGAAAGGGUUAGUUUGUUAUGAAGUUUCUACUUUUUUUAUUACAAAUUUUCGAAAAUGCAAAUUCAUAGCUCGUGAACAAAUAACAAUAGCUAAAAAAAUAGUUAUGCUUGUAAAGCAUAGCAUUAAAUAUUUCAUAUAAUGUAAACUAUCAUAAUAUAUUUCUAAGCUAUUAAAAACUUUAGUAAAGCACUUAUCCACAACAAUUACCAAAAUAAGCUAUUGCUAUUGUAGACGUCGCUACCAUGGCACGCAAUACAUAUCAUAAUCAAUUUGUAACAAAAAAUAAUUGUGCCGUAGAUUCAUUAAUAACAUCAGCUAAUUAAUGCUAUCGUAAACGAACAUUUCGUAGCAUCAAAGAAAAACGCUAUUGUAAGGGGGCUACAUAUGAUGGCUGCCGUAUACACAGCAGUUGUGAAUUCGCUAUCAAAACUCUAACAUAGCAUAUAACCCGCGCUAACAAUGAGCAUUUUUCUUGUAGUGAAUGGAUAAAACAAUAUUUUUUUCGUUAAUUGCUACAUAUUGAACUAGGCAUCUCUCUUAUGUCAUUCAACUUGAUCUCAAUUUAAGGUUUAUCUGUCACAUUUUUAUUCAUAUUCAAAUCAACUUGUAUUUUAUUUUUAUUAUUAUACACAAUUAGGACGGUUGUGAAGUGAUUUAUACUUAUUUGUCAUGAUUUCCAUGAUUUUAGGUAAUUUUGCUUAUUUGUCAUGUUUUAAUUAGGUUUAAGCCGAAUCAUUAAUUUAUUAAUAGUUUUUAGUUAAGUCUAUAAUCUAUUAAUUUAAAUAAUAUAACUAUAAAAUAUAUAAUUAUAUAUAUAAUUAUUUUGAUUUUGCUUAUUUGUCCUGU